UCCAACAGCAGAUAUGGGAUCAAGCAGGAGGAUGUGCAGGACUCAGCUCCGGCUGUUGGCCUUCCUGGUCCUUUCCUCUCUUACUUUUCUGGCUGAUGGUUCCCCAUUGAAGCUGAUGUCUGCCCCCAAUGUGCUGCGGGUAGGAACACCAGCAAACAUCUUUGUGGAGUGUCAAGACUGCACUGAUGACAGCGACAUCAGAGUUGAUGUCAUUGUAAUGAGCUAUCCAACCAAAUCGAAGAGGCUGGCGUCCACGUCUGUGAAUCUCACCAGUGCAAAACAUUUUCAGGGCUUUGGACAAAUUAGGAUCCCUGCCGGCGACUUCAGUAACGAGCCUAACAUGAAGCAGUUUGUGUAUCUGCAAGCUCGGUUUCCAGACACAGAGCUGGAACAACUUGUCUUAGUGUCCUUCCAGUCAGCGUACAUCUACAUCCAGACUGACAAGACCCUCUACACCCCCAGCAGCACAGUUCAUUACAGGAUGUUUGCAGUGACGCCUGGCAUGGAGCCUGUGGAGAGGGCUAAUGAGACUGAUACUGCUAUUGCCAUUGAUAUCGUGACCCCUGAAGGCAUCAUUUUACCUCGUGAUCAAGUGAUUCUAAAAUCAGGGAUGCACUCUGGAGACUACAGACUCACCGAAAUUGUCAGUAUCGGACUGUGGAAGGUAGUGGCAAGGUUUCACAGCAAACCAGAGCAGAGCUUUUCUGCAGAGUUCGAGGUCAAAGAAUACGUGCUGCCCAGCUUUGAGGUUAAACUGACACAUGAAGAACCCUUCUUCUACGUGGACAAUCAAAAGUUCAACAUCAGCAUCAGAGCCACAUAUCUAUUUGGUGAAGAGGUGGAAGGGACGGCCUACGGGGUAUUUGGGGUUAUGCAUGGAGGUCAAAAGAAGAGUCUUCCCAGCUCUCUUCAGAGAGUGCCAAUCAACAGGGGUAAAGGAGUGGUCACGCUGAAGAAAGAGCACAUUAUGCACAGCUUCCCAAACAUCCACGACCUGCUGGGGAGCUCCAUAUUUGUAGCAGUUGGAGUACUGACAGAGAGCGGUAGUGAAAUGGUGGAGGCGGAGUUAAGAGGUAUAAAGAUUGUCCAAUCACCCUACACCAUCCACUUCAAGAGAACAUCCAAAUAUUUCAAACCAGGAAUGUCCUUCGAUGUUGCGGUUGAAGUUUUGAAUCCUGAUGGCAGUCCAGCACAAGGUGUAGGAGUGUUGGUGGAUCCAGGUGACGUGCAGGGCGUCACUGCAGAAAAUGGCAUGGCGCGGCUUUUCAUCAAUACAGAGAAAAAUCCUAUGCCAAUGACAGUCACGGCAAAGACCAAUGAUCCCCGAAUUUCACCUGAAAGACAAGCAUCAGCCAACAUGACAGCCAUCCCAUAUAGCACGAAGAGUAACAGUUACAUCCACAUAGCUGUGGAUUCAGCUGAAGUGGUAUUAGGAGAAAAUUUGAAAAUUAACCUCAACCUGAACAAGCAGGAAAAUACAGAAAAUGACAUCACGUACCUGAUCCUGAGCAGAGGUCAGCUGGUGAUGUAUGGCCGUUACAAAGCAAAAGGUCAAGUACUGAUAUCAGUGAUGGGAACCGUUACCAAAAACAUGCUGCCAUCAUUUCGCAUCAUAGCCUACUACCAUACAAAUGACAAUGAAGUGGUAUCAGACUCUGUUUGGGUGGAUGCAAAGGACUCCUGCAUGGGCUCGUUGAAACUGGAAUCAUCAAGAUCUAGUUCAUCCUAUGAGCCUCGCAAGAUGUUUGGUCUGAAGGUCACUGGAGAUCCAGGAGCCACAGUGGGACUGGUCGCAGUUGACAAAGGCGUCUAUGUCCUCAACAACAAGCACCAUCUCAACCAGAAAAAGGUAUGGGACAUGGUCGAGACAUACGACACCGGCUGCACACCAGGUGGAGGGAAGGAUGGUAUAAGUGUGUUCUCCGAUGCUGGGCUGUUGUUCCAGUCCAACAUAGCUUCUGGGACUACGUACCGACAAGAAUUGAAUUGCCCGGCCCCCAGCAGGAGCAGGAAGAAACGAUCCACUCCAUUAAGGGAUGUCACCGGCAGCUUAGCGAGUCAAUAUGAAGACCAACUCCAGCGUGAUUGUUGUUUGGAUGGCAUAAGGGACGUUCCUGUUUCAUACACAUGUGAGAUGCGCAGCGAGUACAUUGGGGAUGGUGAAGCCUGUGUCGAGGCCUUCCUGCACUGCUGCAAGGAGAUGGAAAGCCAGCGAGCUGAAAGGAAGGAGGAUAGCCUCCAACUGGCUCGAAGUGAAGAGGAUGACAGUUACAUGGACACCAGUGAAAUUGUUUCUCGUACCAAGUUCCCUGAAAGUUGGCUGUGGACAGAAAUCAAACUGCCUCCUUGCCCUAGAGACAGACAAGACUGUGACACCACAUCAAUGCAGAAAGAUUUUCCUCUGCAAGAUUCAAUCACAACCUGGCAGUUCAUUGGCAUUAGUCUGUCAAGAACUCACGGUAUCUGUGUGGCCGAACCAUUAGAGGUAAUUGUGAAAAAGGACUUCUUCAUUGAUCUCAGGAUGCCCUACUCAGCUGUCCGAGGAGAGCAGAUAGAAGUUAAAACAGUCCUCCACAACAUCAGCCCUGAUCCUGCCACAGUGCUUGUGGAGUUGACUGAGACUGCACAUGUGUGCAGCUCAGCUUCUAAGCGUGGGAAAUAUGUCCAGCAAGUUAAGGUUGAAAGGCAAAGUACACGAGCUGUACCCUUUGUAAUUAUUCCCACAAAGGAAGGGGAAUACCAAAUUGAGGUCAAAGCAGCUGUGCGAGACUCAUAUCUCAGUGAUGGAGUCAUGAAGACGCUGCGGGUGGUGCCUGAAGGCAUACUGAUUAAACAUCCCCAGACUGUAACUCUUACCCCGACAAAAAAGGGUUUCGAUGGCAAACAUGUAGAAAUUAUCAAUAGUAGAAUCCCUGUGCAAGAUUUUGUUCCAAACACACCUACGAGCACACAGAUCUCCGUGAUGGGAAAAGAGCAUGAAAGUAUUGUGAGGAAUAGCAUAAAUGGAAAAUCAAUGGAUCAGCUGAUCAAACAGCCUUCAGGCUGCGGAGAGGAGAACAUGAUCCGCAUGACUCUGCCUCUCAUUGCAAUCAUGUAUUUGGACCAAACUAACCAGUGGGAACCUGAAGUCAUUGCAAAACGUGCUGAAGGCCUUGAACACAUCAAGACCGGUUACAGCAAUGAGCUUAACUACCAAAAAAAUGACGGGUCUUUUGCUGGAUAUACUGAUCAACAAAGCAGCACCUGGCUGACAGCUUAUGUUGCCAAGGUGUUUGCCAUGGCCAACAGUCUGGUGGCAGUGGAAAGGAACGUCGUCUGUAACGCUGUCAAGUUUCUGAUUCUCCACACACAGCAACCUAAUGGCAUGUUUAAUGAAGCUGGAAAGGUGUACCACAGAGAGAUGAUGGGUGAUGUGAAUGGCACAGAUUCAGACGCCUCCAUGACGGCCUUCUGCCUCAUUGCCAUACAGGAGUCACGCACACUAUGUGCUGCCACCGUCAGUAGUCUUUCAGACAGUGUAGACAAAGCGGCAGCCUACCUGGAGAAGCGUCUUCCCAGCCUCACCAACCCAUAUGCUGUGGCCAUGACAUCAUACGCCCUGGCCAAUGAAAACAAACUGAACCAGGAGAUCCUCUUGAAGUUUGCUUCCCGAGACUUGUCCCACUGGCAGGUUCCUAAGGGACGUGUUUACACACUGGAGGCCACAGCUUACGCUCUUCUUGCUCUGGUGAAGGCCCAGGCAUUUGAUGACGCCAGACCGAUUGUCAGAUGGUUCAACAAACAGCUGAGAGAGGACGGAGGAUACGGAUCAACUCAGGCUACUAUAAUGGUGUACCAGGCUGUAGCUGAGUUCUGGACAAGUCCGAAAGGGCCAGAGUACGAUCUGAAUGUGGACAUCUUGUUGCCAGGCAGGUCAAAGCCUACCAAGUACAGCUUUAACAGGGAUAACCUCUAUGCCACAAGAACAUCUAAAAUCAAUAAUAUAAACCAGAGAGUGAAAGUGACUGCCAUGGGCAAAGGUGAAGUAACAGUGACAAUGGUGUCGCUGUAUUAUGCUCUGCCCAAAGAAAAGGACAGCGACUGUCAGAAGUUUAACUUGUCAGUGGAGGCUAUCCCAGAGAAAAUAGAUGAUGAUGAGAAGAUAUACAGGCUGAAAAUAUUGGUUUUGUAUAAGGACAAGAAACGCGAUGCAGCCAUGUCAGUCUUGGAUGUUGGUUUGUUAACUGGCUUCACCGUUAACACAAACGACCUGAGCUUACUAUCCAAGGGACGUGCCCGCACUAUUUCAAAAUAUAACAUGGUCACCGCUGACUCAGAAAGAGGAUCUGUCAUCAUCUACCUGGACAAGGUCUCUCACACUCGACCAGAGGAGAUCUCAUUUAGGAUCCAUCAGAAGCUGAAUGUGGGCGUCUUACAACCAGCUGCUGUGUCGGUCUAUGAGCACAACGACGGUCAACACAGUAACCAGACACGUUGUAUGAAAUUCUACCAUCCAGAGAGGAGAGCUGGUCAGCUCCUGCGGCUCUGCAGAGGGGAUGUAUGCAUAUGUGCUGAAGAGAACUGCAGUAUGCAGAAGAAGGGCAACAUAAGCAAUGCUGAACGCACAGCUAAGGUCUGUGAGACUGAACUGAACAGCAGAAUAGAUUUCGCGUACAAAGUGAGACUGGAAGAGUUUACAGACGGCUUGUCCACUGAUAUUUACACAAUGCGGGUCAUGGAAGUCAUCAAGGAAGGAAAUGAUGUGGGUCCUCUGGGUAAACUGCGCACAUUCCUCAGUAAUCCACACUGCAGAGCGGCUUUAGAUCUGGGAAAGGGGAAAACCUACCUCAUCAUGGGUGAUUCCGAGAGACGAACAGACGAACAGAGUCAGACGUAUGAGUAUGUACUCGGAGAGAGAACCUGGGUCGAAUACUGGCCCUCAGAAGCUGAGUGUAAAAGUCCGAAACACAAGCUUACCUGUUCAGGCAUGGUGGAGAUGGUUGAGAAGUACACGCAACACGGAUGUGAGCAAUAGAGAAACUGAUGGAAAUAAAAUGUUAUUUUCAAAUA